AUGUUCACGACUAAACGCCUCUAUCUACGCGCCUUCAGAGACUCCGAUUUAGCGUCUCUCCUCAAUCUCUGGAAUGACCCACUCGUUCAACCAAUGGUUACGAACGAAUACGUCGUUCCGCGCGGAAGCAGAUUUACCGAAUACCUCCGUAAAGCGGCAGAUUCAGAGAAGAAUGUCCUGUGGCUCAUGGUCGAGGCACGGGAUUCGGGCGAAUUCGUGGGACAGACAUCGUUGACGGUGGGAAAUCCUAAGAAUCGCGAUGGUACUUUCGGUAUCAUGUUUUUGCCCAAGUUUUGGGGUCAAGGAUAUGGGACUGAGGUUACAAGGUUUGUCGUGGAUUAUUCGUUUAGAGAAUUGGGGUUGCACAGAGUUUCUUUGUCGGUGUUUGAGAGGAAUAGGAACGCUAUCGAUUUGUAUAAGAGGGUGGGAUUCCUUGAGGAAGGUCGAAAGAGAAAGGUCAAUUGGGUUCAGGGAGGAUGGGAGGAUAUUUUCUUGAUGGCGAUAUUGGAUGAGGAAUGGGAGGCUCAAGGCGUGACAAGAAUCUAG